AUGGAGCAGCGCAAUAUCACCACUCAAAAAAUAAUAUUUUUGGGGGCAGUUCGAGUUGGUAAAAGUACGAUCGUGAAAAUAUUGACUCGAAAGUUCAAUUUUAAUAGUAAGGAUUAUCAAAUGACUCAAGGUGUGGAACUGCAUGAUAAGGCAUUAGAGGUUUGUGGACAUACAGUGGAUACAGUACUGGUAGAUACUGCUGGCCAUGAACUUUAUAAAUGGGUUGUCAAACCCGUAUGCGAUGAAAGUGCUUUUUGUGCACUCUGUUUUGAUCUUACCAAUAAAGAUAGCCUUAGUAUUCUGAAGGCAUAUCUUGAAGAGCUGAGCAUCCAAAAAAGUGUCCUGAUCGGCUGCAAAUUUGAUUUACAAUCAAGACAUGCCAUUUCACUGUCAACUGCUGAAGAAUUCGCUAUAAAUAACAACCUGAAACUACAUCUUACUUCAAUGAUGACAACAUCGACUGAAAUGGAAGAACUAUUCUACAGCAGUAUCACAGAUUACGCCAGCGAAAGCUAA